AUCACCUAGGUACGGCAAUGUUUAAGACCACAAAUGGAACAAAACCUUUUUUCCUAGGUUCGACCGUUUCAGUCAAGCUGAAAGAACCCUAAACAAAGCAAAAACAAACCCAAGCCUGAAACUUGUUCAAACCAUCAAAAUUCUAACCAACCCCACUAGCAAGAAUCACCCAGAAAUCCCAGUUCCAUGGAGUUUAAUUGCUCAUCUCCUAACACCAUCCCUGUAGUUUCAACUUUUGCCUCUCCCUUUAACAAUUCUCCUCCACUCAACGGCUCAGAUUCCACCUCUACCAGGAAGCCCAUAAGCCUAUGGCCUGGAAUGUACCAUUCACCAGUUACCGAUGCUUUAUUGGAAGCAAGGUCCCAAAUAUUUGAGAGACUCCUUGACCCACCCAAAGAUGCACCCCCUCAGAGUGAGUUGCUCACCAAAACUCCCGCUCAAAGCAGGACCAGCAUCCUUUAUAACUUUUCAUCAGAUUAUAUUUUGAGAGAACAAUAUAGGGAUCCCUGGAAUGAAGUCAGAAUUGGCAAGUUGCUUGAAGACCUUGAUGCUUUAGCUGGGACUAUCUCUGUCAAGCAUUGUUCAGAUGAUGAUAGCACAACAAGGCCUCUCUUGCUGGUUACAGCUUCUGUUGACAAGAUUGUUUUGAAGAAGCCUAUUAGUGUUGACAUUGAUCUGAAAAUAGUUGGUUCUGUCAUAUGGGUUGGGAGGUCAUCAAUUGUGACUCAACUAGAUGUCAUUCAGUCCACAAAAGAAUACUCAGAUGUCACAGAUUCGGUAGCCCUUACAGCCAACUUCAUCUUUGUGGCCCGUGACUCUAAGACUGGGAAAGCUGCUCCUGUUAACCGGCUUUCACCAGAAACUGAACAUGAGAAGUUUCUUUUUGAAGAAGCUGAAGCUAGAAGCAAAUUGAGAAAAAGGAAAAGAGUAGAUAGAAAAGAAUUUGAAAAUGGGGUGGUAAAUAGACUGGAAGCACUCUUGGCUGAGGGCCGAAUCUUCUGUGAUAUGCCAGCCUUAGCAGACAGAGACAGCAUUCUUUUAGGGGAUACCCGCCUUGAAAAUGCUUUGAUCUGCCAACCACAGCAGAGGAACAUCCAUGGUCGAAUUUUUGGAGGUUUCUUAAUGCAUCGAGCAUUCGAGUUAGCUUUCUCAACAGCUUAUGCCUUUGCUGGACUAGUGCCUUGCUUUCUAGAAGUUGAUCAUGUUGAUUUCUUAAGGCCUGUUGAUGUAGGGGAUUUCCUCCGUUUGAAAUCAUGCGUUCUGUACACAGAACUCGAGAAUCCAGAUCAACCACUAAUUAAUGUUGAAGUUGUUGCUCAUGUUACGAGGCCUGAGAUCAGAUCUAGUGAGGUAUCAAAUACAUUUUAUUUCACAUUCACUGUACGGCCGGAGGCCAAGGCCACGAAGAAUGGUUUUAAGAUUCGAAAUGUCGUUCCUGCAACCGAAGAAGAGGCACGUCGCAUUUUAGAGCGCAUGGAUGCUGAGAUGCUGACACAUCAAAAUCAGUGAAGCAGGAGCAGAACAACACAUUUUCUAAUACAAGUAAUUGAUGCUAUUGGUCAAAAGUUGAGAUAAUUUGAAAUAUUAAGAACAUAGAUUAAUGUGGCCUGUUAUAAUUUGCUGGCAUGAACCGGAUGAGUGUCUCAUUCCCCUUAAGAAUCAUAUUAUUAUUAUUAUUAUUAAUGAAGCACGGAAAAUUCUCAGCUUUGAUGUUUAUUUAGAUGAACUUCAGUUCAGACUCUCGAUCCCUUUUGUUAUAGCCAAAGAAAAAAAACAACUUCAACUGCUUGGGUG